UCUUCCAGGCUCUUUUUAGCCUUUGUGUUUAUCUGAAUCCUACUGACACGGUCUCGGGCGGCAGUUUCUCUCCUGUUCGGGUGAUUUCUAGGCUCCGGGGUGACCCUCCAGGAUACAGCGGCUGUAGCAGCAGAAGCUCCCCGGUAACAGCUCACUGCGUGGCGGCUUCCGGUGUCCGUCCGUCUGCGGGAGGAUGGCGUCCGGCUUCGACAGCAUCCCCUCCACCGCCGGUCCUCCGAGUCCCAAAUAUCCCGAAGGUUGUCGAGUACAGACUGCGGACAGCGGCAGAUAAACCCCUCGAGUUAUCUCACUUUUCUGAAAGGCUGUGUCUAAACAGAGGUCUAACUCUCAGCCACUCUCCGUUUGGCAUUUCUCCAACCACAUCCGCCCUCUCAGUCGGCGCUGAAAGCACAAUUCCUCUACUGAGCUUUGAAUCCCUGUGUGAGAAGUGGCAGGAUGACGGAGGCGUGGCAGCAGCAGCAACAUGCGGUGGCUCCGCCUUCUGUUGUGCACACGCUCCCUCCCGGGGCCGAAAACUCUCUGGGCUGUGCAGUGUACGGAGUGGUCCUGCAGCAGGACACCUCCCUGCAGCAGCCCCAGCACGGCCAACAGCUCUCUGUCCAAACCCAGCAGCCCUCCCUACAGGUAGGGGGCGAGAGAGGGCACAAGUGUGGAGCCUGCGGCCAUGACAUCUCUCACCUGGCCAACCCUCAUGAACACCAGUGCAUGGUGAGCCAAGACCGCUCCUUCCAGUGUACCCAGUGUAUGAAGAUCUUCAGCCAGGCGACCGACCUGCUGGAGCAUCAGUGUGUGCAGGUGGAGCAGAAGCCGUUUGUGUGUGGUGUGUGUAAGAUGGGCUUCUCCCUCCUCACCUCUCUGGCCCAGCAUCACAACUCCCACGGCAACGGAAACAACCCCAUGAAAUGCUCCAUCUGUGAGAAAACAUACCGGCCGGGCUCUGGAAAUGUCACCCCCACCUCGUCAGCUGCCAACCCCCAGCAGCCCUCCACUGGAGAGACGUCUAGUGGCGGAGCAGCAAUCAGUGCCUCGUCUCCACCCUCGUUUGAGGCCUCUGCACCUGACCGGCCGUACAAGUGCUCAGUGUGCCAUAAGUCCUUCCGCCAUCUGUCCGAGCUGACCCGCCACGAGAGGGUGCACACUGGGGAGAAGCCAUACAAAUGUGACACGUGUGACAAAAGCUUCAGCCAGUCCUCACACCUGGCACACCACCAGCGCACCCACAGCUCCGAGCGGCCGUAUAAAUGUGCCGUAUGUGAGAAGAGCUUCAAACAUCGUUCUCACCUGGUACGUCACAUGUACGCUCACUCCGGCGAGCACCUGUUCAAGUGCAAUUUGUGUGAGAUGCACUUCAAAGAGUCGUCCGAGCUGCUGCACCAUCAGUGUCAGCCUGAGGGGGAGAGACCUUUCCGCUGCGGUUCCUGCGGAAAGAGCUUCAAGCGCCCGUCUGACCUGCGGCAGCACGAACGCACACACUCAGAGGAACGGCCUUUCCAGUGCGAGGAGUGCCAGAUGAGCUUCAAGCAGCAGUACGCCCUUGUUCGCCACCGCCGCACUCACAAAAACCCGGCCGAUCGCCCUUUCAAGUGUAACCUGUGUGAUAAGGGCUUCCUCCAGCCGUCCCACCUGCUCUACCACCAGCAGGUUCACGGGAUGGAGAGUCUGUUCAAGUGUGCAUCCUGCCAGAAGUCCUUCAGCCAAUCAGGAGAGCUGCUGCGACACAAAUGUGGCGGCGAGGUGGAGAAGCCCUACAAGUGCGACGUGUGCGGCAAAGGUUACAAAAAGAACUCUACGCUGCAGCGCCACCAGAACUCUCACUGCACGGAGAAGCCGCUGAAGUGCUCCCUGUGUGACAAGCGCUUUGUGUCAUCGUCUGAGUUUGUCCAGCACCGCUGUGACCCGACCCGCGAGAAGCCACUGAAAUGUCCCGACUGUGAAAAGCGCUUCAGGUACUCGUCAGAGCUGCAGCGCCAUCGACGCGUCCACACCGGGGAGAAGCCUUUUAAGUGUGCCAACUGCGACAAAAGCUUCAAGCAGCGCGAGCACCUGGCCAAGCACCAGAGCGUUCACUCCAGGGAGACCCAGUUUAAGUGUGUGUGGUGCGGGGAGCGCUUCGUCGACCUGGCGGCUCUGCAGGAGCACACGGUCCAGCACACCGCAGAGGGCGAGAGUUUCCCUGAAGCUCCCUGCAUCCCAUGAACCGAGCUGCUGUUCAGUCCUGAGCAGCAAACUUGACAUUCAGCCACAGAGCAGCGUGUGCCAGCCUCCCCUUCACAUACGUAGAAUAUAACAUGCACACAUGAGUUAUGUUUAAUGAUUUUUAGAAACAGUAAGAAUCUGUUCAUCCUCACACUUCCCUGAGUAAAAGAGAAAACUCGAGGAAUCAACCGGCGACUCGUUUUAAUUUCAAACACAUGGAGAAAAACUUGAACAGGAUGAAAAAGACGUCAAAUGUGGGAAGAUCUUGAUUUAGUUUAGUCCUGAGUGUGGGACCUUUUCUGUGCUUGCAUGUGAUCGUCUGUUUUGUGAUUCUGUCGUUGAGGAAAGAUGACGAGAACUUCCAGAAGGUCGUCAGAUGUGUGUGUUUGCGUGCGUGCGUGUGUGUGUGUGUGUGUGUGUGUGUGUCUAAGUGUGUAAGCUCCUCCGGAUCCAUGUGCCUUUUUUUACUGAUCGCUCACGUUGUGUUUCUGUUUUUCUUUUCACGUCCAGUUUAGAAGCUCCCACAGCAGCAGCAGUAUCUCUCUCAUACUAGGUAGUCUCAUCUGUUUGUGCAUGAGUAUUUAUCACACUUUAAUAUCACUGUUGUAUUAUAGCUUUUGCUUUAUUUAGGAAAACAUCCUAAGAAGAAGAUGGAAAAAAGUGGAUUUGUGAAAAUGUAUAGCCCGUGUCCUAUGAAUUCUGUGUUGUUGCAUCUUUGUAUUAAACAGAUGACGUCUAGGUAACUAACCCGUACCUACCAUGUCAUACAGACACUUGACAUGUGCAAUAGAACAUGCACAAUGUUAUAUUUAUGACUACUGAUUCAUGGCAUAGUCUACUCUGUUAUAUUAGAGAUUGUGUGUAUACGCUUCUGUAAAACUGUAUAGUGCUUAUGUUACCUGCUUUUGUAUUCACCAUGAACGAGCCUGCAGGACGAUGCAGGCGCUCUUAGUUUCAGUUCCACACAGAGUAUCCCAAGUUUAACCCCACGGAAAAUUCAAAGCGUUAUUCUGCUUGUUGCCACCGACUAGCUGCAUUAGUUACUGAGCUUUAAAUCUUAACAAAGUACUCUUCUUUUAUAAUUGAUUUCAGAGACCUUCUUGUAACCUCCUCCGGGUCGACACUCAGCAGAUUAAUCCGAGUAGCCUCAAAGUUCUGUGUUGGUUUAUGCCGAGCAUAAAGUAAAAAUAUUUGUGUACUUUAGUUUACUGUGUGGGUUUCUAUAUUCUGUACAAUCUUUGCAGUAUAUUUAAAGGUUUUUGGAGUUUUAAGUCUUGGUUACAGGGAUGUUGGAGCGGGGCGGGAGGGGGAGGGGGAGGGGAAGGGGACGGCAAGGUUUUCGGUGCUGAUGGAGGAGAACGAGUGUAAUGAAACGUUGCAUUUACACAUAUGGAUAUCAAUAUAAACUCCUGUUCAUACUGUAUACAGACAAUUAAAAUAAACCACCCUUAUGAAAAUA